AUGGCCUACCUGGGAGCCCACUUUGCCUUCAGAUCCCCCAGGCAGAAGACCAAUGAUGAGCUCUGUCAGCAUAGCAUGUCCUUUAUUCUUCAGAAAGCUAUUUGCAAUGACUUCUUUCAGAGCUAUCUCUACCUGCUGGAAAAUAUUCCCCUGGUGAAAUUGUAUGCUUUAACAAGUCAAGUCAUCAAUGGUGAGAUGCAGUUCUAUGCCAGAGCUAAACUCUUCUACCAAGAAGUACCAGCUACAGAAGAGGGUAUGAUGGGAAAUUUCACCGAACUGUCCAACCCAGAUAUCCAGGCCUCUCGGGAAUUUCUUAGGAAAUUUGUUGGGGGACCUGGGAGAGCUGGGACAGACUGUGCCCUGGAUUGCAGCUCUGGGAUAGGAAGGGUCAGCAAGCAUGUCCUGUUGCUGGUUUUCAACACUGUGGAACUGGUGGACAUGAUGGAAUCGUUCCUCCUCGAGGCACAGAACUACCUGCAGGUCAGAGGGGACAAGGUAGAAAGCUACCACUGCUCCAGUCUGAAGGAAUUCACACCCCCACUGGGGAGAUACGAUGUCAUCUGGAUUCAGUGGGUCUCUGGGUACCUGACCAUUAAAGACCUUCUUGCAUUUCUUUCCCGGUGCCAAGAUGGCCUGAAAGAAAACGGCAUCAUCAUACUGAAGGACAGUGUGGCUCAGGAGGGCUGCAUCUUCCAUCUUUCUGACUCUUCCAUCUGUGUGACUUGGGAUAUGGACAUCCUCCAGAGCCUCAUUAGGAAGAGUGGGCUGGUGGUGCUGGGCCAGGAGAAGCAGGACGGCUUUCCAGAGUAGUGCAUCCCAGUGUGGAUGUUUGCACUGCAUAGCAAUGGACACUCCUGA